CCGGUGAUUUAUAAAAUAUAUCAUAUAUAGAAAUAUAUGAAUUUAAAUUUUAAGGUCAUUUUUCUCAACUCCUUCUUUUUGUGUUUUUAAAUUCAAUGUAAACUUUAAAGGGUAUGUUUCUAACAGCGCAGCACGCAGAGGUGGGCGGGUACUACAACCCAAUGGCAGCACCGCCCAUCUCUGUCGUUCAGGCGUAUAAAACAAGCGUCCCCGCGGACACAGCCCGUUGCUAUGGUGACACUUCGGUAAACUCGGCAGCAGUCCCGUUGAUCACCUGCGCCUUCAUCCAGACUCAUCGAGCCAAGAACCACAUCAAGACGAGCACACCUGUGUCCAUCCAGUCAGACUCUGCAGGUGUUCUGAUCUUUUACACUCUGGAUGGUUCAAAGCCGGGGGCGGGGCAUCGUGGAGCAGCAGGCAGCAGCAGGAAGUACAGCGAGCCCAUCCUUCUGCCUGCAGGCCGGGUGACAAUUCGAGCGGUGGCUGUCACCAGUGACGGCAGAGAGAGCUCCAUAGUGACGAAGGUUUUCUCUGUGGAUCCUUUGGACAACUUCCUGCAGCCUCCGCCAGAAGAAACAUCCUCUCCUGCUGAGACCUCAGAGCCAAGGAUGAUGGGAAAUCCCUCCCUUCAGUCAGGCCCUCGUUUUCUGUACGGUCGUCAUGGCUCUGAGAUCGGCGCCCAGCUCGUCUCAUCUCACCGCUCCCAGCCUGCGGUUUUUAGGGGGUCAGGUGACCUGAGGCAGCUGAAGAGCACGGAGACGACAAGAGUGCAGCGAGACACCGACUUCCUGCGGUGUGCUCGCUGUCUGCAUCGCCGCCCCUCUGACCCGUUCGCUCAGUUCUGCGCUCAGUGUGGAGCGGCGCUUUCUCCGCUACCCAGUCACAGGCUGCCACCUGCUGAGGAAGGACAGAUGUUGCUGUGUGUGUUCUGUGGAGCUCUAGUUCCCGCCAACACACACACCUGUUUGGUGUGUGAAGCUGCCAUCGAUCAACAGCUGCAGCCACGAGCGGGCAUCACUCUGCAGGUACACACACACACGCUCACACACACACACACACACACACGCUCACACACACACACACACACACACACACACAUGCUCACACACACACACACACACACACACACUGGUGUUUACCUGUGCAUGCAGGGUCAUGUGAUGUGUGUCUGCUGUGGAAGUGGGAAUCCAGCUGACGCCUUCAGCUGUCUCACCUGCGAGAGCUGCUUGCAGCAGGUGGGCGGAGCCAGGAGCAGUGUGCCCUCUGACCCAGGAGCGCACACCAGGAUGUUGUCCUGCACCAGAUGUAAACGUUUAAACUGGGGCGACGCAAGAUUCUGCGACUGGUGCGGCUCCAAGCCCACCCACGCUGCCCGCUGUGUGACAUGUCAGCGAUGUGGAGCGAGUGCACACCCGUACACUUUUUACUGCACCGCCUGUGGCAUUUUCCUGGAAGCACCGGUCCCACUCGGAUCCUGCGGUGACAUCACACGAUCGGUCAAGGGUGCCGCCAACCGCCAGGUGGGAGUGCAGACUGCCUGUGGCGCCACCUGGCGGACCACUGCCUCUUCGCACCCUCUGCGAAGUGUAAAGAUAGCCCCACCCACUGUGGAUCAGUGCACACAGACUGUAGGACUCUAUUACCCAUCAGGCACUGAGCUGCAGAGGAAGGAGCAGCACAGAGCGCUACAGCUCCUCAGGAAGCAGGUGCAGAGCGACCGCCACCCACCGCUCACCGCCAUCAGCCCGGGACGAGGUUACUGGAGGAAGCAGCUGGAUCACAUAUGCGCUCACCUGAGAAGCUAUGCCCAGAACAACGCCCCCUUCAGGGCGCUGCUGGGAGAGCCUCGUCUGGGCCGGAUGGUCUUUGCGGUGAUUCAGGAGGAUCGCCAUGAGGUCAGUCUGACCGUCAGCUUUGCAGCAGCUGAGCUUAAAGAAAAACAGGUGGGUGCUGACGAUGACGGCACGGGAUCUCCAGGUGGAGGAUUUGAGCUCGCCAGCUGGACCAAGACUCUGAGCAGCAUUACAGAGCGAACAGGGUGGACAGGAAGUGACCAGCUCUCGGCUCCGCCGUCCAAACCUUACCUGACGCCCAAACUGCCGGUGAAGGAUGUUCAGCUGUUGAAGGAGCUGGGUCCAGGUCGAGGUGAGGUCGGCGUCAUCCAGCAGCUCCUGGACCAGGUAUCACCCUCUGCGUUCAAUCGACAGCCUGCUCAGGGUCACCUGACACGCUUUACAUUUGUGUGUGCGGUCGUUCGCCAGGGGGCCGACCCUUCCUGCUGCGGGAGCGACGGCCUACAUGCUUUGGCAAUUGCCGUGAUAAAUGGUCACCAUGACGUCCUACCUGUUUUGGUGCAGCGAGGCGCUGACGUGGACCAACAGUCUGGACGGAUGAAGAACACUGCUCUGCAUGAAGCUGCAACUCUGGGGUCUGCAGGUGUGCCAUGUGCUGAGGUCCUGCUCAGCUGUAAGGCCAACGUGAGGCAGAGGAAUGCUGCGGGUCAGACGGCGUAUGACGUGGCGGCGAGCUCGGGCUGCGGCAGCAUGGCGUCUCUGCUGGCAGCUCAGACUGGACUGGACUUACUGGGCAAACUGGGAAACAUGAACUCAAGAUGAAGCUGAUUUUUUUUCUGAUUGGUCUGAACGUGAAGUGAUGUCUACAGCUCAGAAAGUGACAUCACUUCCUGUCAGCGCAGACAUGUAGAUUACAGAUUUUUGACCCUUUCAGUCCGGCUUCCACUGAGACCGCUCUCUUCAGGGUCUCUAAGGAUCUGUUGUUGGGUUCUGAUGCAGGAAUUCUGUGAUCGUUUUGCUUGGUCUCAGCGCAGAACUUCAAUACCACUGACCAUAAAAUCCUAACGUUAACAGGCUAACAGGUUUUGGCGCGAAUAUCUGGCUCCGCCUUACCUGGUUUUCUUUCUUCUUAUCAGACAGGACCUUUACUGUUAGGACUGACAGGUUCACCUCUAACAUUGCCCCCCUAACCUGUGGGGUUCCACAGGGUUCAGUUUUGGGUCCAUUAUUAUUUUCUUUCUACAUGCUUCCUUUAGCUGGCAUUAUUCAGUCAUUUCUUAUCAUUUCUAUGCCGAUGACAUUCAGCUCCAUGUGUCCUUUAAGCCUCCUCAGCUGGAUGGGUUGUCCACCCUAGUCCAGUGCUUAACUCAGGUUUCUGAUUGGCUUUCUAACAACUACCUUGUUUUAAACACAAACCAGACUGAGACAAUGAUCAUAGCUCUUCCUGGACUACAAUCUAAAGUCAGUCGGGUUCUUGUUUCUUUCUGUUAAGUCAAAUAUUUGAUUCUUCUCUGGGCCUCGACUCAAAUGUAAAAUCUCUGUCUCGUUCCUGUUUCUUUAAUUUAAAGAACAUUUCUAAACUGCGACAUAUGAUCUCCUCAGCUGAUCUGGAAAAAAGCGUUCAUGCAUUUGUGUCAUUGUGUUUAGAUUAUUGUAACGUCCUGUUUACCAGCUUGGACAGAUCUUCUCUUUCUUGCCUCCAAGCUGUACGAAGUGCAGCAGCUGUUUCAGUUUAAACAAGCCUUCUGUUGAUCAACGCCUUUAAAUUUUUUUUUAUUUACAUUUGACCUUUUAUAUUGUUUAUAUUGUCUAUCUUAACCUUCGUGUACAGCGAUUUGUGACUGUCUACGAAAAGCGCUUAAUAAAUAAACUUUACUUACUUA